CCGUGUAAACACAUACACACCAUACACACACGGACAUAAAUAUGUGGAAUUUAAAAACCAUCGAAGACAUCGAAGACAUCCCACUUUCCACAACAUGAAAGUUGUCAGAGGUAAAAUUGAGCGCGUACUUUACACCAAUAAAUUGAGCGCACUCGAUUUGCAAUUUGCGCUACAUUACGGCCUUUCAAUAAAAUUAAUGUGCCUGUGACUACUGUUUCCCUUUUAACGAAUUAAACAAAUGGACAUAACGUCAAAUACUACACCUACGACACUCAAAAGACGUACUUUGGGGUUGUCUCGAGGUGUUGGCGUUAACAAAUCAAACACAAUUCCCAUCAGUCCAAUCCGUCCAAUUGAGACUAUCACCGACUCGGCAGUCACUUCUUUGCAACGUAAAGAUGAAAAUACUGCAACUGAGCCAAACGAACCAAUCGGAAGAGUAUCGGAUUCAGUGAAUUCCAGAAUCGCCCGAACUACGUUCACCGCUAAGCCAAAUAUUGCAAGACAUAAGCUCUCCUUGUGCAAGGACACAAAUGAGACCAUGACCCGAAAACGAUUGCGAUCGCAGAAUGCGAAAUCCCCGAAAGAACCAAAGAGACUUAAGCUCGAACCAAAUGCUGAGCUUCUUAGCACACGCUAUGAAGAACCGAAAUCAUCGGCCAAAAUCGAAAACUGUGAUAAUGUGCCGCCGUCAGAGGAAGCAAGUGAAAAAAUUAACUCUGAAUCGUCGUCAGAGACAUUACUGCAGAACGAAAUCGAUCGAAUGAAAAAACAGAUCACAACGACGGAGAAGUAUCAGCAACAAAUAUCCGAACUGGAAGCGCUGAUAAUAAAGUGGAGAGCAGCCGGACUGAAAACAAUCGAGGACAUUCAGGAAAAAAUUCACCCGAGAGAGGAAGUCAGUGCAAUUCUGGCCCACUUUAAUAUCGAUCCGGGGCUGUUUGAAUUAGAUGCAGCGGAAUAAAGGCCCGGAUGUACUACUUACAUCA